AUGGUUGAACAACAAAUUCGAGCGAUAGAGGAUGCGGAACUUGGGGAAAAGGGCGUAUCCAAAGAUGAAAAAAAUCCAAACGGGUCGCUAAUCAGUUCUUGGAAAGCAUGGAUUGGGUUUGAAACACAAUCUCAUCUGCUAGACAUUAUAAGAAGGCAUGCUUCUGGACUGCUUCAAGAAACAAGAAAAGAUGAUUAUGUGGUGAAGGAGAAGCCAUUGUUGAUGGAGGAUAUACAGGGAGGUCUUGAUUACAUUGCAAAAUAUGCUCAAAUAUAUGAGUACCUUUGUGAGGAAUAUGAAGUAACACAACGGUUUGGAAAUCUUGAUUAUAAAUUGAAGUUUGUUGAGAUGCCAGUUGCAAAACGUUUGGGCACCAGUUCUGCAGAUGCAAUAAAAGUAGUUCUGCAGAUUCAAUAA